CUAUUACUCCAAGAAGUACAGACACUGGGCCUCUUUAGGCCUCAAAGGCCCAACACCAUGGCCAGUUGUGGGCACCUACUUCCCAUAUUUUUUUAAGCCUAUGCACAUAGUAAAUCACGAAAAUUUCCUUAAGUACGGCACAAUUUAUGGAGCAUACGAAGGAACCAAACCAUCUCUGUUUGUCACCGAUCCAAAAGUUACUAAGGAUAUUCUCAUUAAAGAUUUCAACUAUUUCUCCGAUAGACGAUUGUUUCCCGCCACUGGGGAUCCGAUCUUCGACAACAACUUGAUUAUACUGGAGAGCAAGAGGUGGAAAUUGGUACGACCAAGAAUAACGCCUGCCUUCAACGUGACCAAGCUGAAACAGCUUGUGACUUUAGUGGAAGAAGCGGCAGACACUUUAGCAACAAAUUUCUUGGAAGCUGCCAACAAGCAAAAACCUGUUGAGUGUAAGAC